AUGCAGAAGGAGCUUGACAAGUUCAAGGGCAUGCAGGAAGGCCUGCAGAAGGACUACGAAGCUCGAAUGGGCUUGAUCGCCCAGCAGCAGGAGACCGAGCUUGUAAAGCAGGAGUUUGACUCCAUAGAGGAAGACGCCAUCGUCUACAAGCUGGUUGGCCCUGUCAUGGUCAAGCAGAACGUGGACGAUGCAAAGGCCAACGUAGUCAAGCGCUUGGAGUACAUCUCCGGGGAGUUGGAUAGGUCGAACAAAAUCAUCGCCGAAAAGGAGAAAGACCUGGGCGACAAGCAGAAGCAGCUGAUAAAGGAUCUGCAUGAGAUGGAAGCGGAGAGCAUCAGUAAAAUGCUCAGCCUUGCAUCUUGCCCUGCAAAGUGCUGGAAAGCUACCAUCACAUGGGGUUGGAUGAUAGGUAAUCGAAGCUAUGCUGUGAUGGAAGACAUUGCAAGUGUGAGCAGCGUCAGGAGUGCGACGCGAUUUGCACCGACAAUUUUCCUGGCAGCUCUUGCCACAAUUUUCUUGGCUGGCCAAGAGGCCCCCAUCGUCUUCAGCAGUCUCCGGAACGUUGCUCCUACAGCAGCCGGCGAUCGUUUAUCAGGAUCGCGGACAGCUCGCAGAGCCGAGGUGCAGGAGUUGGAGGAGGAGUUGGAGGAAGAAGAGGAUGAAGAUGCCCUAGAUGUCGAUCUGGACAAAGAUCCCAAUUGGCUCAAGGUGAAGCAGGAAAUGGUACGGAUUUGGGACAUACGAUACGAGGAUGAAGACUGGCUCAUCGCAGACGACGUGAAAGGAAUCAUGGAUGAGCACCUGCAAACCAUCAUCGGCAAGGUGAACUAUCUGGAACUUGAAGAGACAUUCGUGGAGGUGGCCGAGGAUGAACCGAAGCCUGGUGAGAUCAGCAAAGAAGACUUUGCUGAGAUUGCUGGCGCCUACGUCUACGGCACACUCUAUCGUGAGUGA